AUGUUCCCCGUCACCAAAGUCGCCAUCGCCGGCCUGUCAGGCAAGAUAGGGAGCCUCAUCGCCCAAUCCCUCCUCAAGCACCAUCCAACCGUCCAAAUCAACGGCAUAGUCCGCAGCCCAUCCAAAGUCGCCACCACCAUCGCCUCCAACUCCAACGUCCACAUCCAUCAAGCCGACCCCUCCAACCCCAGCGCCCUCCGCAAGGCCCUCGCCAACGUCGACGUCUGCAUCUGCUGCUACCUCGGCGACAAUGAACUCAUGGUGCAAGGCCAGAAAACCCUCAUCGACGCAUGUAUCGCCGAGAAAGUCCCCCGUUAUAUCGGCUCGGAUUACUCUUUCGAUUUCCGCGGGUUGAAGAAGGGGGAUCACCCAGCUAAGGAUUUCGCGUUGGAGUAUAAUGCGUAUCUGGAGGAGAACGAGAAGGAAGGCAAGAUCAAGGGGGUGCACAUUUUGAAUGGAGGGUUUACUGAGGUGAUUUUCUCGCCGUUUCUGGGGUGGUUCAAUGGGGAGGGGAAUGGCAAGUUUACGUAUUUUGGGACCGGGGAUGAGAAGUUGGAUAUGACGACAAUGAAGGACACGGCGGCGUUUACGGCAGAGGUGGCGAUGGAUGAGAAUGCGAAUGGGUAUUUGAAUGUCGUCGGAGAUCGCAAAUCCGUCAAAGAGCUCGCCAAGGUCUACGAGGAGGUGUACGGUGUUACCCCUGAGGUCCAGCGCCGAGGCUCUUUCGAAGACCUGCACAAGAUCAUGCGGGAAACGUUCCAGAAGGAUCCAUCGAAUAUCUUCGCCUGGAUGGGCAUGCAUUACCAGUAUUAUAUGGGAAAGGGAUCCGUCACCCUAGGCAAGGAUGAGAAUGAGCGGCUUGGAGACAGGAAGCCUCAAGGCGUGAAGGAAUUCUUGCAGAGCUGGCCAAGGGAGAGGGUGGCUAUGAGUUAUAUGUCGUAG